AGGGAGGGUGAGGUGGUCGGUUGUUAAAAGGACAAUAUAUAAUAGAUAAACAAAAUUGCUAAAGGGUGAUUUUAUUUAUACGUAUCAUUUUUUAUUCACCUUUUAUUUUAGAGGAAGUGAUCUACAUUUUUGGCCUUGUACCAUAGCCCUGUACUUGAUAACGUCAUGAUGCUCGGCUGGAACAGCGUCUUUAAAAACUGUAUAAGACCGAGCUGUGUUCCAGCGUUCAACAGACUAUACAGCGAAAAGGACCAACCAGCAACUAACUGUAUAUAAAUAAAUGUCGCCAUGCAGGAGAACAGAAAUGGGAUAAUGUCCUACCCACCACCCAUCAGGAGAGACAGGGCCAUCUGGGAAUUCCCAAAGUGCUACACACCUGAGGCCUCUCUGCAGCUGAAAAAAGACUGGGACAUUAAGGCUAAAGUAACCUGUAAAGACAGAGCUGCAGGGCAUCAGCUGUGGGACCGACAGAAGAUGUCAAAAGUGGUGGUUGUUGGAGACCUCAAUGUGGGGAAGACCUGCCUCAUUAAUAGGUUUUGCAAAAAUGUAUUUGAAAGAGACUACAAGGCCACUAUAGGAGUAGACUUUGAAAUUGAGAGGUUUGAAAUAUCCGGAAUACCUGUCUCCCUUCAGAUCUGGGAUACCGCUGGGCAGGAAAAAUUCAAAUGUAUAGCGUCUGCAUACUACAGAGGCGCUAAUGUCAUUAUCACAGUCUUUGACAUGGCAGACAUUAAAUCGCUAGAUCACACACGCCAAUGGUUACAGGAGGCCAUGGGAGAAAAUGAGCCUGACUCAUGUUUUAUCUUCUUGGUUGGCACUAAGAAUGACCUGCUGCCCCCAGAAGAAAGAGAGAGAACAGAGAAAGAUGCCAUUAGACUAGCAACAGAAAUGCAUGCAGAGUUUUGGGCUGUUUCGGCUAAAACAGGGGAGAACGUACAGGGUUUUUUCUUCAGAGUGGCAGCUUUGUCUCUUGAGAAGUGCAUAUUGAAGGACAUGGAAACUGGGAUCCCUGCUAGCAUCGGACGAGGAGACAGUAUCAAGUCAGAUUAUGCCAAUCUGAACGAAGCCACAUCCCAAGACCCUAAAAUAGGCUGCUGCUGAUGAAAAGAGGGACUGAAAACUGUUAAAGAGAGCAGAACCAGACAGGAGCUGUGUUCUGAUUUUCAGCUGCAGUCGUCAAAAUGACUAACCAUUGAUUGGACUGAAAUGUCCCUUAGUUCUGUUUUCAAAACAGAACUAAACAAAACAGUCAUGUACUCGGACGUUUGCGGAGAGGGUUUGAUCAGUGUGCAUUCUUAGAAGUCAGUUGCCAUUGGACGGAAGCCGUCAAUAAUGGAUUAUUUUUGUUGAUACUAAAUAUUAUGAAUUUGAUUAUUUUCAUAGCAUAAAAGUCCAAAAUACGUUCAGUGGAACAAAAUGUUUAGACCUUGAGAAGCUUAUCAUACCAUUGUUAUAACUAAUAUUUGAUUCUGAUCAUGUAGUAUUGUUCAGUUCUGCAAUGUCUACAACAAAUUCUAUUGCGUACAUCAUUUAAGAUGUAGACAGUAGUGCCUAGACAGAUAGCAUGAUGGCCAUAAGGUCAACAUCAUCCCUGGUGAAACCGUUUAAUGGACACCUAUAGGAUUGUCUUUAUGACUAUUAUAGUGUUGGUUUCUUCAUACAGUGUUGUGGAAUAUCGUCCCAUCCACUAUUAUGGGUUGUACCCUGAUAAGUUUAGAGUGUGGAAUUCGAGAGCAGCUAAACCAAAUGUUUAUGUUUCCUCUCAAGUAAUAAAAGUGUAAAUUAGUCUGCUACUAACACAUCUUGAUACAGUGGAACAAUAACUGAUGUAAGCAACAGUGCAUUUAUAAGACCAGUAUUUUGUCAAAGCCCACCAUUAUUUAAUAAAGCAGUUUAUAAGCUGA